AUGGCCGAGGGCUUGGGAUGGGGAUCGGGGCUGGGAUCAGGAUCGGGGACUGAGCCCUGCCCGCGUGUGAAGGACUGGAGGGCCCGUGUGGGCGGGGCCUGCGCUCCCGCCCUCAUGGCAGGGGCGGGGUCUGUUCGGGCCCCGCCCCAGGGCCUGCACGUGACGUCGCCCCUGCCCCGCCUGUCCCAGCCCGGCCCCGCUCUCUGGCCCGCGGCUCUGGGCUCGCAGCCCUGCCCGGGCAUCGCCCCUGUGCCCCAGCCCCGGCAGAGCGGGGCCGCCCUGGGACAGCCUGGCACGGGGCCGGCACAGCCCAGCCUGCUCUGGGUGCUGGGAGUCGCCGCCGGGUCCAGCCGCCGGGACGGCGAGGGAGGCAGAAGGUCGAGCCAGCGGCCCCGGCAGAGCGGCCCCGGCCCCGAGCAGGGCUCCCCGGCACCGGCCGAAGCCCCCGCGCUGCUCGCUGCCACCAUGCCCCGCGGGAAGAGGGAGCCGGUGCUGCUGUCCCCCGCCGAGCUGCCCGGCCCCCAGGGCGAGGGUCCCCGCGCGGCUGGGGACGGCCGGCGCUCCGCGGAGGAGGAAGAGGAGGAGGACGGACACCUCCCGGGGCUGCCCCGCGACGACCUCACCAAGAGCAUGUCGAGCUCCUCCUUGUCCUCCUACCACUCCGCCCUGUGCUCGGACGGCACGGAGACCUUCAAGGACUGCCUGGAGUUCCUGGACGAGGAGGGAUCGCCCGGCCGGGCUGUCCCGGCCCGCUGGGCUCCGGCGGGGGCCCCCGGCGCGCCCCCACCGCCCGGCCCCCUCUCCCGCCCGCAGCGGGCUCAGCUGUCCAGCGCGGCUAAGAAUAGCCCAGCUCCGGGCCAGGGGGGCAGGAUGGGUCCCCUCGGUGGGGACCGGCAGCCUGUGCCGGCCGCGGCCGCCGCCGGGGAGCCGGCCGUGCCCCGACCGCCCGGGGCGAUGCUCGCCGCGGCUCCCAGCGACUCGGACGAGGUGGACGGCGAGGUGCAGGCGCUGACGGCCAGGGCUUUCCGCAGCCUCUCGGGGCUCCCCGGAGCUCGACUCGACAUGUGCAGCUCCCACACCUCCUCCAGCCUCUCCAACUCGCUGUCGGAGGACGGCGGGCGGCCGCGGCGGUGGCCGGCGGGGGCCGGGGAGCCCCGGGGCGCGGCGACAGCUCUGCACGGCAGGGUGGGAUGGCCUUUCCCCGCCGGCGUGGACGGGGAGCUGCUGGGCAAGGAGCAGUUCGAGUGCGUGGAUGUGGAGCUGGAGAACGGCGAGGCCAGGAAGGGCCACGGCAAGAAGAGGACGGUGCCCAAGCGCCAGAUCCUGCUGAAGAGGAAGGAGAGGAAGGAGACGGGCUUUGGCCCGCGGGGGGAUGGCCCAGCGCCCCAGCCCCCUGCCAGGAAGGAGCCCCCCAGCAAGGGCAGAGCCGUCGGCGAGGACUUCAGGUUCAACUACCAGCAGUUCAUGAAGGCGGCGUCCCUGGAGGCCGGCACCGACAGGACCAGGGCGGCCUCGUGCCUGGUGAAAAACGUCCUGGCCAAGAAGAUGCAGUACGAGCAGCGCAUCAAGAUGGAGCAGAAGGGGCUGCGGGGCAGCUCGACCUCCUCGGGGCCGUCCUCCGCCGGCACCGACCUGCUGGGGGACGGUCUGGAGGGCAAGUCCAGCUCGCUGUCCCGCUCGGACUGCAGCUUCUCGGCCGAGGACCUGCGGGGCGGCGGGAUGCCGGUGGCCACGGUGGCCGCGGGGAGCACCGCCACCACCACCCAUCCCACCAAGGGCGUGGUGCUCAGCGAGGCGACAAGGGAGACCGUCUGCAACCUGAGGAAGACGUUCAACGAGCUCAACCAGAGGAUGAAGUACCAGGAGGUGCUGGAGGGCCGCUGGCUGCCCGCGGCCGCGGAGGAGCACACGUCGGAGAGGAUCUGCUACCAGCGCGCCCGCGCCUUGUUCGAAGCCCAGCCCGGGGUGGGGAAGGUGCUGGAUGUCGCCCCCCGGUUUGCGAGGGCGCCGAGGCCGUGGCCCAGCUUGAAGGAGCGAGCCAUCGGCCCCAUCCAUUCCCAAAGCCUCCCCUUCAAGGCCGAGAGCCGGGCGCUCCCCGCCACCCCGCCGCGCCGCCCCUUCGCCUCCUCCCGGGCGCAGGGGGCGAGGCCGCUGCCCCAGAGCCAGCCGGAGAAGCCACCGGCAGUGCCCCGCCGGCCGCCCAGCCCCGGCACCCCCCCGGAACCCCGGGGGUCCCCGCCAGCCGCGCCCCCCAAGCCGCAGGAGAAGGGGAAGGGGCGCGUCCCGCAGCCCCGGGACGUGCGCAAGCUGGUGAAGAGCAGCUACAGCCUCAAGUUCGGGACUGCCGGCGCCUCCCGCGGCACCGUGGCACCGGCGAGCAGCGGGGAGCCGCCGCCAGCCACCCCUCUGGUCAUCCACUGCACCUCGGUCCGCCGGGAGCCGCCGCCGGAGCCGGCGGGGGAGGAGAUGCCGGCAGCCCCCGCCGAGGGGCCCGCAAGGCCCCCGGGCAGCCCCGCCAAGCCCCCCCACAGCUCCCCCAUCAACAUCACGAGGGUCCAGGCCACGCGGAGGGGAGCGGCACCCCCGGAGGAGCCGCCGGCGUCGCCCCCGCGCCGGGAGCGGAGCGAGCUCCGGCUGCCCCCGCGGGCCCCGGCGGCCGAGCGGGUGCCGCACGUGGAGACCCAUCUGCACGUCCUGGUGGGCCGGCCGGGCCGGGAGAGCUCCCCGGCCCAGAGCAGCGCGGUGCUGCGGGCAGAGAAGACCGUUCUGCUGCCGCCGCCGCCGCCGAGUCCCGCCGAGGGGAAGGAGGUGCGCGGCCGCGGCGGCAGCGGAGCGCUCCCCGCUGCCGAAGGGCCGGAGUCGCUGGGACAGCGGCCCCGCAGCGGGGACAGCCGGGACCCCCGAGCCGGAGCCCCGGGCGGCAGCAGCGCUCGGCCGCGGCCGGCGGAGCCGGGGACGAGGAGCGCGGCAGAGCCCGGGGCCGGCGAGCAGAGGCAGCAGCAGCCCGGUGGCUCCGGCCCCGCCGCGCCGCUCCGAGCCGGGGACAGCGGCGAAGGCUCCCCUGGGCGGCUGCCGGAGCACAGGGAGGCCUGGGAGCACUCGCCGCUGUGGCCGGCGGCUACAGAGCCCUACCCGCCCGCUGCCCCGGCAGAGAACUCCAACUACUUGGCAAUCCCCGAGAGAGCCCCCAAAUCCACGCUUAUGCCAAAGCUGUCCUCGGUCCCCAACCCAGGCAGUGCAUCCUUUGGGACCCCCUUUGUCCCCAUCCCGGCCAGUGCCUCUUUUGGGGCUCCCUCAUCUUUUGGGGCCCCUCUGUUGCCCAACCUGUGCAGCACAUCUUUUGGGAACCCCUUGGUCCCAAAUCCAUCCAGUGCAUCCUUUGGGAAUCCCUUGGUCUCAAAUCCAUCCAGUGCAUCCUUUGGGAAUCCCGUGGUCCCCAAUCCAUCCAGUGCAUCCUUUGGGAACCCCUUGGUCCCCAAUCCAUCCAGUGCAUCCUUUGGGAACCCUUUGGUCCCAAAUCCAUCCAGUGCAUCCUUUGGGUCCCCACUGGCCCCCAAUCCAUCCAGUGCAUCCUUUGGGAACCCCUUAGUCCCAAAUCCAUCCAGUGCAUCCUUUGGGUCCCCACUGGCCCCCAAUCCAUCCAGUGCAUCCUUUGGGAACCCCUUAGUCCCAAAUCCAUCCAGUGCAUCCUUUGGGUCCCCACUGGCCCCCAAUCCAUCCAGUGCAUCCUUUGGGAACCCUUUGAUCCCCAAUCCAUCCAGUGCAUCCUUUGGGAACCCCUUGGUCCCCAAUCCAUCCAGUGCAUCCUUUGGGUCCCCUUUGGUCCCCAAUCCAUCCAGUGCAUCCUUUGGGAACCCCUUGGUCCCCAAUCCAUCCAGUGCAUCCUUUGGGAACCCCUUGAUCCCCAACCCAGGCAGCUCAUCCUUUGGGUCCCCCUUGGUCAGCAACCCAGUCCCCACUUCCCUUGGGCAUCCAUCAAUCUGCAACGUGGCCGGCUCUUUCUUUGGAUCCCCUUUUGUCCCCAGUCCUGCCAGCGCUCCGCUGGGAACCGGUGCCUAUGCCCUUCCUGGUGGGGAAGUGCCCUGGAGCAAGCCCAGCCCUGAGCCCCUCCUGCCCCGACCCCCCGAGGGCUCGGCUGCUAUGGAGCCCCCAGCCCAGCCCCACCUGGAGGAUGCUCCUCCUUUCCUCAGGAGGAGCGAUGGUCCCUCGCCGAGCGGGAGGAGCAGGCAAAGCCCCCCCAAGCCCUUCCCCGCCGCCGUGCCCGCCCAGCGGAGGAUGCUCGUGGAUCCCAGCAGCGGGAAGUGCUACUACAUGGAGCCGCCGCGGCAGCCCCAGAUGAAAACACUCUACGACCCCGAGACCGGGCAGUACCUGGAGGUGCUGGUCCCACCGGUGGCAUCACACACCGGGCUCUACCAGGCACCUUUCAACCCGCUGGUCAUGGCCCCGGGGGUCUACGGCCCAUCCUACGCACCCUACGGCGGCUUCCCGGGGCUCCCGGCACCGCCGCCCUCCGCCCCCUCUCCGCCGCACCCCUCGCUGCCGGCUGCCGACAACCCCGGGAGCCCCGGCUCCGCUCCCAAGGGCGAGGGGUCGUCCCCUGCCGGGGGUCCCGACUGCGGCUACCUGGAGAGCCUGUACUACAUCCCCACGGGCAUGCGGGCCAGCCCCGGCCCCGAGCAGCCCCCGGCCCGCGCCAGCCCUGCCGCGCCCGAGGGAUCUCUGCUCCGGAUGUGA